AUUGAACAUGAAAAUUUGUAAAAAAAAAAUGUAGAUUAAAAGGCAGGAAUAUUAUGAUUUUACAAAAGAGCUGUGAUGGUGUGUUUACAUAGGAAGUUUUUGACUAAAAAGGGAAAUAAAGUAAAAAUAAAUUAAAAAAUAAUAAUAAACGGGAUAAAUAAAAUAUGGCAAACAGCCAAGAACUUAAGAAAGAAAAAUUGUCUACAUUAACCUCAUUAUAGUAUUUUUUUUCUUUUAAAAUAAGAUAAGUAAAUUCAGCUUUAGAUAAAUUUGUGUUAUCAGCUAAAGAUUGUGAUAAUUUCAUUGGCUGACGUAGGUGCCAAGAAAUCUAUGCAGAGAAGGUUCAAAGUAUUUUUGUACGCUGCUGUGACUGGUUUGCCUGGUGGAAUAUUCGCGAUUUGCGGUUAAGGAAAUUCAACCAGAAGGAACAUUGUAAUUUGUAGUGGAAUUAUAAAUACCUCGUACACCAAUGAAUAACCUGAGGCAAUUGGCUUUAUCAGUUGAGAAGGGGGUGUUGGGAGGUGUUACCAGACCUUAUCUAUCCCGCGUAAGUUCUCAGUGCUCCAUCAUCAGUCACAAGAAGCUGUCACAAAUGUCGUGUUCGAAAUGUCUUACCUUAGAAAAUAUGAAUCCUGCUAUAAAGGUGAUGGAAUAUGCAGUUCGAGGACCUCUAGUUAUCCGGGCUGCAGAAAUAGAAAAAGAACUGAAAGAGUCUGUUUUGAAAUUACUGAUAAGUCAAACAGAUGGCAAGAAAGCUGGUGUCAUGGUGCCUAUUCCUCAAUAUCCACUUUAUUCUGCUACUAUCAGCGAGUUUGAUAUGCACUUGAUUGGUUAUUAUUUGGAUGAAGCAAGCAACUGGUCAUUGAGCCUGGCUGAAUUGGAAAGAGCUCUUAGUGCAGCAAAGGAGCACUGUGAACCAAGAGCAAUUGUUGUCAUCAACCCUGGUAAUCCAACAGGUCAGGUUCUUACUCGAAAGAACAUUGAAGAGAUUAUUAAAUUUGCUCAUAAAGAAAAACUAUUUAUAUUAGCUGAUGAGGUGUACCAACAUAAUGUGUAUGAUCCCAACAGCAAAUUUUUCUCCUUUAAGAAAGUUCUUACAGAACUGGGUCCACCUUACUGUGAAAUGGAAUUAGCUUCGUUUAUGUCCUGUUCUAAAGGUUUCAUGGGAGAGUGUGGUCUUAGGGGUGGAUAUUCUGAAGUAAUAAAUUUAGACCCAGAUGUCCAAGCGAUGUUUACUAAAUCAAUAUCAGCUAUGCUUUGUCCAAACACCAUUGGGCAGGCGACAUUGGAUUGUGUGGUCACUCCGUUAAAAGAAAGUGAUCCGUCAUAUGAAUUGUUUGAGAGAGAGAAGAGUAAUGUUUUAAACUCACUAAAAGAAAGAGCAAAAAUGGUAGAAGAAGCUUUCAAUGCCUGUGAAGGCAUGUCAUGUAAUAUUGUCCAAGGCGCUAUGUAUGCAUUUCCCCAAAUAAAAAUACCUCCCAAAGCAGUAGAAAAGGCUAAGGCAUUGAACCAGUGCCCAAGUGUGUUAUAUUGUUUUGAACUCUUGGAGCAAACAGGUGUUUGUGUUGUGCCUGGAGCAGGCUUUGGUCAAGUCGAAGGAACUUACCAUUUCAGGUAA